AAGGCGGGUAGUAUCAAGGGCGGUACACAAUUGUGGCUGCGAGCGCUUCCGUGGUACCUCCAUCACUAUACUAUCUGCUCAGCCGCCGAAGCGAUAGAACAGAUAAGUGAUAUCACCGACUCCACGAAAGUGCUCGUGGGGGACACAAUUAAAACCCACCCACCACGACGUACGUCCGGGACAAUUACCUAGCCAUUCGUAGUCGCGAUGGGCCCGAGCAAUGUCGGGUCUCGCCGUUGUAGGCCGAGCCAUCUACCCGAUGGUUCAGCCAACGACGGCAGCAGCGACCCAACUACCAUACAGUGUACGUCGCGCAGCUGUCUUCCUCACCCUGAUCAGCGAGGCGCACGAGCUAUUCCUAAAGGAAUAUACCGACGCCUGCCUACGGGAGAGCCCAUCCGACGCAAAGUCCCAAUGGUAGCCAGUUGGGUUGGUGUCCGAUGACGACGAUCCUUCGCUGAUGCCACACAUCAUGCGAUGCCUCCGCCGCUCGCCACGAGGCAGCCGACAUCACUGGCUAUACAUGACUGUAGCUGUAAGCACGAGCGCGCGGCCUCAACUGCUGCUGUU